UCUAAAUGAACACAUCACUAUUUAUCGAAAAAUGGCGUUGACAAGUGUCGGUAGAUUAUUUUUACCAUUAAUUUUAUUAGAAAUAUGUGUGAAAUGCAAUGCAAAUGAUAUUUUAGGAUGUGGUGGAUUUGUUAAAAGUCAUGUUCCUUUAGAUUUUUCUAAAAUAGAGAUUGGGCUGUACACCAAAGAAGGAAGUUUGAAAGAGAAGACUGAAUGUGCUCCUACAAAUGGAUAUUACUUCUUACCUCUUUAUGAGAAAGGGGAGUACGUGCUAAAGGUGCACCCUCCAGCCGGGUGGAGUUUUGAGCCAUCCGAAGUUGACUUGUCAGUGGAUGGAACUACAGACCGUUGUUCUGCCGGACAAGACAUUAACUUUGCAUUCAAUGGUUUUGGUAUAACGGGUCGGGUGAUCACUGCUGGACAGAACCAGGGUCCUAGUGGCAUAGCUGUGCAGUUGAUAAAUGAUAAAGGUGAUGUGCGGAAUACUGUGACUACUGUAGGUGGUGACUUUUAUUUCACCCCUGUAAUACCAGGGAAAUAUAAUGUGAAGGCUACACACCCCAAGUGGAAGUUAGAACCCAGUCAGGCAGUAGUGCAGGUGAAAGAAGGUAACACAGCAUUACCUGUUGGUGUUCUAGCUGUCAAAGGCUAUGAUGUAUCAGGUUCCGUCACAUCAUUUGGCAGCCCUAUUCGAGGCUUGUAUGUGUUGCUGUACUCAAAGGAGGAAAGCCCCAAGUUCCGAGUGGAAGGCUGCAACACAGCCCUUCUGCAAGGCGUACCUGAUUCUCCGAUCUGCCAUACCGUUACUGAUGCGAAUGGAGAGUUUAGUUUUGGCCUGGUUCCUGCAGGAGAAUAUAAACUCCUGGCUUUACCUACUGCUCCAGGCCAGGUGGCCAUCAGCUACAAUGUGAAACCUGAAUCUGUUCCAUUUACUGUCAGACAUGAUAGUCUAUUUAUCAAGAACGCCUUUGAGGUAACAGGAUUCACAGUUGUAGGGAGUGUAGUGAAGUCAGUAGGAGGCCCAGGUCUCUCUGGUGCCCGAGUGUUGUUGGAUGGCAAAGCAAUUGGCACUACUGAUGGUACUGGCAAGUUUACACUGCCUAAAUUGCAGCCAUCCACUUAUACUUUGACAUUUGAACAUGAACAAUGUGAGUUGGACGAGGUACAACUGGUAGUAUCUCCAACGGGUCCCGCGGGUGGGCCUCAAGCACGCGUGUCACGCUGGCGAGUGUGUGGCGCCGUGACUCCGCCCAGUGCACGCCACGUGUUGCUGGCGAGGCAAGGGGCCGAGCCCCUGCGGAUCCCCUCGGACACAAAGACGGGAUCCUGGUGCACCUUCCUACCUCCGGGUCUCUACAAUGCCAGGGUCGACGUUUCUGAUCAGGAGCAGAGGGAUGGACUACAGUAUUACCCACUGAGCCAGAAGGUGUCGGUGGGCAAUGGGCCGGUGUCGGGCGUGACGUUCUCGCAGCUGAAAGGCAAGCUGAGCGGGCGCGUGCAGUGCAAGCUCGCCGCGGCCUGCGCAGACAUACCUGUCACGCUGCGCCCGCUGUCCGCCGACGGCGGCUAUGUCGGCCAGCCCAUGACUACUGUUGCUAAAGAUGGCAAAUACACAUUUGAGGAAGUCCUCCCCGGCAGUGUGGAGAUCUCAGUAGGAAGCGAUGUACUCUGCUGGGCCGAGUCCAGGCACAACGUGGCGGUCACACAGGACCAUACCAACGUGCCCACCUUCGAACAUACUGGAUAUGUGCUGCGGAUACACUCCACACAUGAAGUUGAGGUAGAAUACAGCAGCCCGUCGUCGUCCGGCAUGUUCCCAGUGCCGUCAGGUCCGAGCCAGCAGUGCGUCCCGGCCGCGGAGCAGUACACGCUGACGCCGCGCGGCUGCCACCGGUUCCAGCCCGCGCAGGCCCUGGCUGAUACUUCUACACUUGUACCUACUACGGUAUACCUGGUAGCGACAGCCCACGCAGUAGUGAUCCGUGUGUCGUCCCCCGUGGAGGUGGACGACCUGGUCCUGCACGUGGUGACGGACGGGGCGCCGCCCAAGGACGUCGGACCGCUGCCUGCGCUGGCGCAGCCCGGCGGCGGAUUUAUGUAUGAACACACCCUGUACAUGGCUGACGGCGAGGUGGCCCAGGUAUCAGGCCAGUCGUCCCAAGUGCUAUGCGGCGCGGCGCAGCAAGUAGUGGGCCGCGCGCGCUGCCAGCCGCACGCGCUGACCCUACACGCGCGGCCCGCGCUCACUCUGCGCGGCCAGACAACGCCGCCCGUCGCCGGCGUCUCCGUCACUCUCGUGGCCGAUGACUUAAAACUAACUCAAGUGACAUCAGAAGAUGGCAAGUACCACUUCGGUCCUCUGGAUGCCGCCAAGAAGUAUAAGAUCACGGCUGAGAAAGAUUCGUACGUGUUCAGUGAGCCAGACGAGAAUGGCAACAUAGUCGCUCAGAAGUUGGCUGAAAUAACUGUUGAGCUGUUGGAUGAUGCUGAUGGUACGCCAUUGCAGGGUGCGCUAGUAUCAGUAAGCGGUGGCUCAUACCGUCGCAACGUGGGCAGUGGGCCGGACGGUCGGCUGAGGUUCUCGUCGCUGUGGCCCGCGCAGUACUACGUCAAGCCCAACAUGAAGGAGUACCGGUUCCAACCUCCGCAUCAUAUCAUCACAUUGGCACAGGGACAGGCACACCAUAUCACGCUCAGAGGCGUGCGUGUAGCAUGGUCGUGUGUGGGUGCGCUGGUGUCGCUGGGCGGCGCGGGCUGGCCCGGGGCCACUCUACUGGCCGUGCCCACCAACUCUCCCACACACUGCGCCACGGAGGAAGCCACUACUGAGGCCAGCGGAGCGUUCAGGAUCCGAGGUCUUCUACCAAACUGUGUCUACAAUAUCCAGCUGAAGGAAUCAACUACUCCAGAGCUAUUGGGACUUAAAUUGGCUAAGGCACCUCCAGUACUAGAGGUAAAAGACAACAAAGAUAUAGAAAACGUGCGCCUAAUUGGUAUCCAGCCUCGCCAAGUCACAGACGGCAGCGUGGUCGUAUACACGAGCAAUCCAACACACUACCGCGCCCUGCGACUGUACCUGACGGCAGACAGUUCACAGGCCGCACUAUACUCCGCCCGCCUGGAACCAGGCCCUGGACCUCACAACCCUGGACUCAUGCACGUCCUGCCUCGUCUACCGGCAGACAACCUCACCUAUGUACUGAGGUUGCAGUGCUCGCUUUCUAAAGCUACACAUUCUUAUGAAGAACCUGUGUACUACUUCGUCUCUGAUGGCCAGUACAAACACUUCACUAUCGAGUUUGAGCCUAAGGUGAAGUCUAGCGAUCAAGAAGUGCGACAGACAUCACUAUUAGUGCUACCACUGUUAGUAUUGCUGGGUCUGGCCUGGCGAUACCGCGACCGUCUACUGGAGUCGUUGGCGGCCGCCGCUGCGAAGGCAGCCCGGCCAACUCGGGCCCCGCGCCCAGAACGGGGCCCCGACACACUGGACCGCGCCAGCAUCGACCAGAUCGUGUCGGCCCUCAACCCACCACCAAAAAAACCCAAAAAGAAACAACUCUAGGGUUCAUCAUCACCAGAACAGUUUUAAAACUGUGAAUAAUAAUAAUUAUUAAGUAAUUUUUACACCAAUGCAAAUAUUGAUGAAGUGAUGUUUUAAUCCCCGUUUUGUUUUAAAAUGUGAUGACUACAGUAAACAUGUGAAGUAACAACCAAUGCAAAUUAAUAAUUGAAGUGUAUUUUAAAUCCCCAUAUUAUUUUAAAACGUGAUGAUAGAUUCUUUAAAGUAUGUUUAAAACACGUGAACGUUCAAUAAAUAGCGUUUUAAAAAUAAGAUCGCGUGCUAAUCCCCUCAAAUUACUUUUUCAAAUAAGAAUAUUGUGUUGUAGCAAAAGUAUAUAAAAUCUUCACACACGUUUACAAUCGAACAAAUACGAUAAGUAAAGAAUAUAUCAAAGUAUAUAAGUUUAAAAUCAAAUACAAGUAAUGUAUAUGGUACUGUCAUCAUGAUCCGAAUUAUCAAAAACUAAAUAAAUGAAUGUAGUGUAUAUGAAACUCAUGCGCGACGUCAUAUUGACUGCCACAUCCUUUUCAAAUUGACAUAAGACUGCAUUUCGUGUGGCAAAACUUUUCUUCUAUUUGUUCGUUAUAAUAAAUCACUAAAUACUUAUUUAUAAGAGCUGGAUCUCCUGUUCUUAUGUAAAUGCAAAUGUUCUAACUUCUAAUUUAAUUGUGAACCUCAGUAUUUAAUUGAGCUCUUAGAUAUGUUACUGAUUUAUUGUAACGGGCUUAUAUUUUAAAUUAUGAUUUACUAUCCAUAGCUUACCCUGUUUAUUAAUCCUUUCACCAACCUUUAAAUGUAUGUAAAUUUUCCAGACCACUGGUUGAGUAGGUAAAAUAUAAAGAGGUAUCAAACAAACUUUACACGUUUAUAAUAUUAUAGUUGAGGUUUUUGCAUACGAAUGACUCGACCGCAGUGAUACCACAGCCUCACAGAAAACCGAUGUGAAACAACGCUUGCGUUGUGUUUCGCCGGGUGAGUGAGGUUUUUCGGGUGUCUAUAGGCGGCGCCGAUUGCUUACCAUAAGGCGAAUCAUGUGUUGCCUUAUUAAAAAAUUACGGAGUGAAAAUGUCGAUGUGUUUAUAUUCCAAUUAAUUCAUAUCAUUCGAUCAGUAACAUUAUUUAAUAAUUUAUCUUUGGUUAAGGUGCAGUGAGUGAAUAAGUAUAAUUUAUAUUUUGUUGUGCAUUGUUUAAAAUAUUUUAGAUGCAUUUAUGUGAUGUAUGUUCUGUUGGCCGGGAUAAAUAAAAGGAUUGUUUGUUUCAAA